AUGGGAGCGGAGUAUCUAGACGCAGGGGAGCGAGCGGAAGCAGCAGUGGAAGUUUCUGUGGAUGAGCGUCUGUCAGCAGAGCCAGCCGCUGAGGGGCGCACGCCAAUGACUCUGGAACAGUACCGUGAAUGGAAGGCGAGGAAGGUGAGCUUGUAUGUGUAUGGGGACCUACUAGGGGACCUGCUAGCAGAGCCAGCCGCUGAGGGGCGCACGCCAAUGACUCUGGAGCAGUACCGCACGUGGAAGGCGAGGAAGACGAGGGAGCAGGCGAUGGCAGAGUUCAAGAAGAACCCACAUGACGCCGAUAAUCUGACCAAGCUCGGCCGAACACUCGUGGAGCUGGCGCAAUUCAUUCAGGGGCAGGAGUCGAAUGAGAUGCUGGAUGAUGCCGUAUCAAAAUUUGACCAAGCCUUGAAGAUCGCCCCAUCUCGCCCCGACACGCUGUGGUGGCUCGGCAAUGCGCACACCACGAGGGGCUUUCAGACGCCUGACGCCCAAUGUUCCACCCCUCUUCUUUCGUUCUUUCCUUUUCCAGAUGCUGUCUCGAAAUUUGACGAAGCUCUCAAGAUCGCCCCAUCUCGCCCGGACACGCUGUGGUGGCUCGGCAACGCGCACACCACGAGGGGAUUCCAGACACCUGACGCUACUCUUGCGAACGUCAGCUUUGAAAAGGCCUCCGACUGCUUCAGGAAGGCGCUGGAUGCGGACCCGAGCAACGACGCCUACCGCAAGUCACUGGAGAUCUCUCUGAAGGGCCCGGAGUUGCAUCAAGAGGUGCAGAAGCAGAUGGCACUACAGCAGGCGCUGGGAGCGGCAGUGCAUCCAUCGUCCAUGGAUGCUCCCAAGGUGCUGAAGCAGAUGGCACUACAGCAGGCGCUGGGGGCGGCUGUGCACCCAUCGUCCAUGGAUGCUCCCAAGGUCCAGAAGAAAAAGAAGAGCAGCGAUCUGUGGUAUGACGUGGCAGGGUGGGUGAUUUUGAGUGUGGGUGUGGUGGCGUGGCUCAGCAUCCUCAGUGCCCGAGCGCCGCCCCCUGCCGCUGCCAAGUAA